AUGCACGGCGCCGCUUAUAUUUUACGCUUGCGCUUCUAUUCCGCACGCAACCCCGUUAAGGUGCGCUCAUUACCCCGAGCAAUACACUUGGGAAGGAAUUUAGGAAGAGUGGGGGAAAACCGUAUCUCAUUACCAAAGAGACCUCUAACGGCAAACUUUUUUCGGCAGGAGCAAAAUUAUGAACUUGGCCAAGGGGAGGACGACGAUGACGUGGACAUUUUUAAGAACGAUGGGGAUGAAAUGGGCGGUGGAGGCGAAGCAGUAAACAGCGCAGCCAUUGCGCCGGAUGUUGCCAAUGUGAGGGGUAACCGCGUAGGAGGCAGCGCAGACGGGGAGGAUGAAGCGGACGGCGACGACAGCGACGAUGACGGAAGUGAUGAUGAUGGUAGUGGCAGUUCAAGUGCCAGUGGUAUGCACACAGAGGGACGUAGGAAGGAGCAGUACGGAAAGGAUGGAAAUAAAAGGGUACAGCAGGAUGGGAGCAAUAGCAGGAACUUGUUCUAUUCUAAAAAAUUGCCCGAUACAGGGAAGGUCGGAACUGAAAAUAGGAGUAAUAAGGAUAGCCUAACUGAAAACGUUUUUAAGGACACAUAUGAUGAGUGCUAUCCGGGUUAUUAG